UGGUUUCGGUCUGGUUUACGUUACGUGCGGGCGGCGGAAUAGCUUAUCUAGGCCUAGUCGUUCUUAUUCUAUAAUUAAUUGUUAAAAAUAGAAGAUUGAAGAUUUGUAGUAACGAUAUUUCCAGAAAUUCCUGCAUUGAGUUUAAUUACUGUGAGUUCUUUGCGAAGGUUAAUGAAACAGGACACAUCUAGAUCAAAUAUGGGUGGACCUCAUGGAAUAGAAGAAUCGGGAAUUGAACCUUCCUCGGACAAUGAAGAUGAAUAUGACAACCAGGAUGAUCCAAUGGGCGACGAUUACAGAGACGACGAGGAUGAAGAUUAUUUUGACGACUAUCGUCCUCCUCCAAAUAAAAGAGGCAGAGGUGGUGGAAUGUAUAGGGGUGGUGGAAGAGGUGGUGGGAGAGGAGGACAACACAUGGACUUCAGCCCAAGAGGUCAAGGACAAGGCCCCAGAGGUGGGCCACAAGGCCCCCAUGGACCACAUGGUGGUGGCCCUAGAUUCCGUGGAAGAGGCGGCUAUGGGCCCAGGGGGCCACCACCACCAGGCUACCGUGGAGGACCUCCCGGACCACACUAUGGAGGACCCAGAGGCCCAAGGUUUAGAGGUGGGCCUCCUCCAAAUUGGGAUCCAAACUGGGGGGGUCCAGGACCAAUGCAAGGACACGGUGGCCCCAACUAUGGAGGGCCUCCUCCUCCACCGCAUCACAUGAUGGGGGGACCUCCUCCAGGAGGCAUGGGGGUGAGUAAAGCCGUUCUUCUUACCAAAUAAGUAGUGUCUACGGACAUAAAAAUAUGUGUACAUACAACUUUUACUUUCUCCCCCUAUACCAU